AUGAGCACCAGAGCCAUCGUCAGGAUCGCAACAUGUGAUACACAGCGAGUCCUGACGGGCUGCGCUUCAAUAUGGCGCUCUCGAAGUACCGCGUUUGACACGAUCCGGACAAGUCGAAUUUCGACGCGAGGAGCGAAGACCAAGACGACCAUCAAGAUCAAAGACCUCCCGCAAGGUUCUCUGGCACCUCUUCCCGCACUUGAGGAUGACACUGCCCCAGCGAAGUCAUAUCCUCCAGUCCUUCAACAACAUCUCAACAAUGUCCACAAAUUCAAAGACUGCAUCGUGCUCACCCGGGUCGGCGACUUCUACGAGAUGUACUUUGACCAAGUUGAGCAGUACGCACCGCUUGUCAAUUUGAAGAAAGCGAAGCGGGCGACUCAGCUCGGAGAUGUACCAAUGGCAGGAUUUCAGCACACCCAGCUCGAGCGGUAUCUGAAGAUGUUUGUACAGGACCUCGGCAAGCAGGUUGCCAUCAGCGAGCAAGUACCGCUCUCGGAGAGCGAGAGAGCGGCGAGGGGCGGAGCGAUGUUGUUUGAUCGGAAAGUCACUCGCAUUGUUACGGCUGGGACGCUGAUCGAUGAGACUUUCGUGGACUCGUCCGAGAAUAACUAUCUGUUGGGCAUUCACAUCGACGGUACGUUGCCGCGAUCUCCGAAUGAUGAUCGUAAGCAAAACGCAGAAGAGAAACCCCAUCAAAUGACCAAGAUUGGUUUGAGCUGGGUCGACUUGUCGAACGGCGCAUUCUUUACGCAAAGAUCUGACCUCGCCAGCUUGUCUUCCUUGGUGGCACGAAUAAGUCCUCGGGAGAUUGUGCUUGCCUCGUCUUUGGAGCCCGAAGAUCAUGCGCAGUUGGAGAAGUUGCUUCAAGAUGGACGCUUGACGAUCCACUCGCAAGAUGUCGAGCAAAUUGGCACAUCGAUCGACGCAUGGACCUCCGCGCUGGAGCAACCAGUGCGGGAAGAUAUCCGCCCUGAAUUCACUUCCGUGGAAGUCGCCGCGGGAAACCUGGUCCUGGAAUACGUGAGGGAGAGACUUCGAGACUUCAACCUCAAAUUGCAGCAGCCUGUCCGAUGCACCGACGACGAGACCAUGGCUAUCGACAAGCAAAGUCUUCGGAACUUGGAGAUUCGCAGCACUCUCCGUGACGGGCUUUUCCAAGGAAGUCUUCUACACGCAAUCAGGCAGACUGUGACGAAGAGUGGAGCUCGACUGUUGAGCCAGCGGAUCGUGUCACCCUCCAUGUCGCUUUCAAUCAUCAACAGCCGUCUGGACAUGGUGCAAGAGUUGAGGGACCAUGACGCUCUGCGGGAGGAUGUCAUUGCUCUACUGGGACGCACUUUCGAUACUUCAAGACUGCUGCAGAAAUUCAGCAUCGGCAAAGGAGACGCUGAUGAUCUUCUUGGCCUUGCACGGACCGUCGAGUUGAUGCAAGAGGCUGUGAAUGUCCUUCAUGAUCACAUUGUCAAGUCUUCAGAGCUUACUGGGAGCGCUGCCAGCGCAAACUCCGCCAAACGAGAUCACAUGUUCCUGUGGGAUCUCUUGAACAGAUUCGAUCUGACUGGUCCGGCCAAAGUUGCAAAGAACAUCCAAACUGCCAUUGACGAAGAAGGCCUCAACCAAAAGCAUCUCGCCGAGAAUGCUGCGGAUGAAGACGUAGAGCAAAUGGCAGAAGAAGUCGCGACUGCAGAUGUUGCAGGCGACAAGCCACCCAAGCUAUCCAGACGACGCACAUCCGCAGUGGAGAAGCCUGCAGACUCUAAGCCCGAAGAUAUAUGGAUCAUGCGCAGGACUGCAUCGACUACCCUCGCCCGAGCGCACAUCGAUCUCGACAAACUUCUCCAAGCUAAGCAAGACCUCGCCUCUCGCCUCCGCACCGAGCUCAACAUCUCCAGCCUUACCCUCCGCUGGUCCGCACAACUUGGCCACUUCUGCCAUGUCAAAGGCAAGGACACCAAGUCCAGCGCCUCUUCUCUCACUGGCGCCCGCACCAUCUCCUCCACCAAAUCUACUCGCUCUUUCUACCUCUCCGAGUGGACUCACCUAGGUGUCCUGAUCGAUGACUCCAAACACCGGAUUCGCAGUGAAGAAGACCGCGUCUUCCGUCAUCUCCGCGCCACAGUGCUCGAGAAUAUGAUGACUCUCCGCCGCAACGCUGCUCUCCUCGACGAACUCGACGUCGCUGCAUCAUCCGCCCGUCUCGCUCUCGACCGCGACCUCGUCCGUCCCAUCCUCAACUCCUCAACAACCCACACCAUCGUCGCCGGCCGCCAUCCCACCGUUGAUGCGGGCCUCACCACCCAAGGCCGCACGUUCACCGCCAAUGACUGCCGCGUUGGAACUGCCAACGAGAAAAUCUACCUCAUCACUGGCCCGAACAUGGCCGGAAAAUCCACCUACCUCCGUCAAAAUGCUUUGAUCACCAUCCUCGCUCAGACCGGCCUCUUCGUCCCCGCCGCGUACGCCGAACUGGGACUAGUGGACAAGAUGUUCUCCCGCGUCGGGUCGGCGGACAGUCUAUACCAAGACCAAUCAACCUUCAUGGUAGAAAUGCUCGAAACGGCAGAAAUCCUCAAACACGCCACGGAGAGAUCAUUCGUCAUCAUGGAUGAAGUCGGACGGGGAACCACGCCGGAAGACGGCGUGGCGGUGGGGUUUGCAUGUCUGCAUCAUUUACGGAAUGUUAAUCGGAGUCGGGUGUUGUUUGCGACGCAUUUCCAUAAGUUGGCGGACAUGACAGUGGGUUGGAAGGAGGUCGCGUGUUGGUGUACGGAUGUGGAAGAGAGAGGAGAGGGAGGAGGUGGGUGGGUGUAUGACCAUCGAGUGAGGAGAGGGGUGAAUCGGGAGAGUCAUGCUUUGAAGGUGGCGAGAUUGGCGGGUUUGCCGGAGGAGGCGGUCAAGGUUGCCGAGAAGGUAGUGGCGGAGCUGAGAAUGGAGGAGGAGAAGAAGAAAGAGGUUGAAAAGGGGAACGGCACUGUGGUCUGAAGCAGCACUCGCAGUGGCGAAGAUGAGUCGCCUGUCCUGCUUCUAUGAGUGACCUGGGUCGUGGAGCCGGCGAGGCAUACUCGUCGGCAAUUUGGGUCGUCCCCUCGAUGCAUAGUGCCGCUGCUGCGGAUGAUCUGAUCGUGGCGUGACACGGCACACAAGCUUCAUGAACUCUGCGAGAGAUCAGGCUGUGGCGAGACGAACCAGUGUUCUUUUGUCCUUGUGCAAUACCGCCGGACCCAUCGCACGAGUACCUCACCUAACAUCCAGGUAUUUUUCUUUGAGGCGCUUGGCAAUGGAAGAAGAACGCAAGAUUCACCGCACGAUCGUCCCGAUAUUGAUCUGCCAGAACUUUUAAAGAUUGUUCUGUCAGAGACCGGGGCCAACCGAAUUGUAUGAGAGCGUGCGAGCUAAGCAGUAAGCAGUAAGCACUCCUUUUCCACUGCUCUCAUCGAUCUGUGGAUCUG